CAACCGUGAACCUCAUACGGUCUCCACGGAAACUUAACUUCUCGUCUGUGCAAUGUACCAACAUGGAAAUGUGUUCUCUAACACAUUUAGCCAGAAAACCUAGAGAAAUCACCGACAUCGACAAGAAGAAGUUUGAAACGGUUUAUGAGCUGUGUGACACGGACAAGAAAGGCUACCUGAACAGAGAAGACUUAAAAAUGGCGGUGGUCAUGCUGUUUGGAUAUAAACCAUCAAAGUCUGAAACCAACAUGUUAAUGGAUCAAGCCCAGGCAAAAGAUUCACCAGGGGUGUGUAUAGAGAUGUUUGCGUGUCUCAUGGGGAGGAAGUUGUCAUCAGAUGACCACUACCAGAAAACCAGGCAGAUCUUCAACACCUUUGAUGUGAACUGUCGUGGUUUCCUGAAGCUGGAGGACUUUAGAGCAGCCUUCAGUAGAGUGGCUCCUCGUCUGCCUGAGAGGACUGUCCUGGAGGCCUUCAGGCUGGCAGACCAGGAUAGUGAUGGCCACGUGAGCUUCAGAGACUUUGAGUGUGUCAUCAGCUAUGGACAGGCCAACAGCUAACUGAGAGUGGACACUCCGUUCCUCUCUCCUCCUUGGACUGGACAGCUUCGUUCUGGCCAACAUCUAAUAAAAAUCAACUAUGGAGCAACUUGUGCAGAAUGCAUUUUGGAGCCCACUGUUGACGUGCUUCUGUGCCACCUCUGCUACUUUGACAGAGAACCAGUGACCCAGCCACCUCUGUCUCCCUUUUUACCCCCUCCUUUCUCUCUGUCUCUGUCUCUGUCUCUCUCUCUCUCUCUUUCUCUCUGUCUGUCUCUCUCUCUGUCUCUCUCUCUGUCUCUCUCUCUGUCUGUCUCUAUGUCUCUCUCUCUGUCUCUCAGACUAUCUCUCUCUCUCUCUCAACCCCAUUAAGCAGGUCCCAUCCCAUAAUCCCCUGCUCUCCCAAAUGCACUUCUACCUGAGAAAGAAUGAGGGGGAGGGCGAGAGAUAGAGAGGGGGGAGAAGGGAUGAAGGGGUAGGUUGCAUCCAAAUUGAAUAUUACCCCUGGUAGUAAUAAUAUUGGAUUUUUAAUCAGGCAGGGCUCCAGGAUGGCCCUAGCUCUGCGCCUGCAUAGCUUCUCUGUAUUAUAAAGCCCCGGUUAACAGGGUCAUAUUCAUUAGUGCACAAAGUAGUAAAACACAUUGCAACGGAACAUCAACAAAAUCGCUUAUUUGACAUGUUCAGGUAGUCCCCCCAAGGUUUCAGUACAUUUGGUGCCUGAUGAACAGGACCCAGGGCUGCUGCUCCAGAGGGGAUUUGCCAGCGCUCUUCUUGUUCCCGCCAAUUACAGGACUGUAAAUACAAUGUUUGUGUUCUGGAGAGAUUUACGACGCCGGCACU